AUGGCUGCAAAGAGCACGACGAUGCUUGCCCUCUUCCUGUCGUUUAACCUCCUCAUCUUUUCCCUAUCUACUGCACAGCCACAGUCCCCGGACCGUUGCCUCAGUUCGGACGACAUAAUAUUUUGCCAAGAUGUAUCUGUCACAGACAAGCGUUGCUGCAAGCUCCUGGAGGGGCUCAACGACCUAGAGGCCAUAUCCUGCCUCUUCGCUGCGGCAACUGCAGGUGCGGUCAAUCCCAAGCCCCUGCACCAGGGCAUUGAACUCCCCUGGGAUUAUAUUGACCGUAUCCUCAUCGACUGCGGAAGGAGGAUUGUCCCUUCUAUUGGCCGGUGUUCUCGUAAACUAUUGAUGCCUUGA